GAGCAGUUCCCCUGGAUCACCUACUCCGACCUCUGGAUCCUCGGUGGCGUCGCCGCCAUCCAGGAGAUGCAGGGUCCCAUCAUCCCCUACCGUCCCGGCCGCAAUGACGGUGAGGCCGCCGCCUGCACCCCUGACGGCCGUCUCCCCGACGCCUCCCAGCGCGAGAAGCACCUCCGUGACAUCUUCUACCGCAUGGGCUUCAACGACCAGGAGAUUGUUGCUCUCUCUGGCGCCCACGCUCUCGGACGCUGCCACGUCGACCGCUCCGGCUUCGACGGUCCCUGGACUUUCUCCCCUACCGUCUUGACCAACGACUACUACAAGCUUCUGCUUAACGAGAAGUGGCAGUGGAAGAAGUGGGAUGGUCCCGCUCAGUACGAGGACAAGGGCACCAAGUCCCUGAUGAUGCUUCCCGCCGACUACGCCCUGAUCCAGGACAAGACCUUUAAGAAACAGGUCGAGGUGUACGCCAAGGACAACGAGGCCUUCUUCAAGGACUUCUCCAACGUCAUCGUCAAGCUGUUCGAGCUCGGUGUUCCCUUUGCCCAGGGUGCUGAGGAGCGCUGGACCUUCAAGCCCACUUGGCAGGAUUAAAGCAAUCGCUCAUCCUGAAGGGUGACUGACUGGGGAAAGAAAAACGAUAGAGCAAAGAGGAAGAGAGAUAUCCACGCGGAAUGGCGUACCGAGAGAUAGAGAGGAGGAAAGAGUCUGUUCGAGAGAGUGGCGUCCACUUGAUGCCCCCUUCUCCUCGAACUUGGUUUUCGAGCGUCUGACCAAGCUACCUGUAGUCCACUCCUGGACUUGUUUUCAUAUUUAUGUUGUUUAUGUCCAUAGUUCUUGUAAAACAUCAACACGAACCUUGAAAGACCUAACGUACCUUCCGCACCAAUUGAAAUGCCCGCCUGCAGCGUGGGAAGAUGGAGGUGACAUGAGGUCGGAAUAGAGAUGAGA